CGUGCCUCAGGACUGCCGAGAGGGCGGGCAACGCCUCGCUUCUUACCACGCCAGUCGCCUGAUACCUGAGCUUUCGGUUCCUAAAGGAGCUUGCUUCUGGUAAUGGGUGUUGCAAACGCGUCGAGGUUCCCCAAACCGUAAAGGAGGCGUCGCACUAGCAACAACCCGGCGUGUCGAUGAUGCCGCCGCUGGGGUAGGUUGUUCGACUCCAUGACUGCCUAUUACAAUGCCGCAGUACCUAUUCCGUUGGCGACGAGGUUAAAUAGAUGGCCAUGGCCGCCAGGAGGCCGAGCCUUUCUGCCCAUCAGCUUCACGACUCACAUUUACUCCUGGUGUCUCGAAACCAAGCCUGAGCUUCCUGAUAGAUAGCGGUGUGAGUCGACUAGGUCACCUACUACCCGCGAAAUGCACUUGCACACUCUUCUCUGGAUGCUGCCUCUGGUAGAUGCGGCAACCGUUCAUUCUCUCACGAAGAGAGCUGAACCAGCGCCCAUCUUAAGACCGCGGGACGCGGCCGCAAUCCUUGCCGACAAAUACAUCGUCAGGCUCCGAGACGACAUCCCGGCUGCCCAGGUCGAGACCCUCAUGGACAGCAUCAAAGAAGAGGCACAUGAGGUUUACAAAACCGUGUUCCCUGGUUUCAGUGCGACUCUCGACACGGCUGGACUGGAACGCUGGCGGAAUCAUCCAGACGUCGAAUACAUCGAGCACGAUUCAAAGUACACGCCGAGCCGCUUCAGACUGCAAAAAGACGCACCUUGGGGCCUGAGCCGCAUCUCGGCCCACAAGAUGGGGGCGUCCAAGUACAUAUUCGACGAAAGCGCCGGAGAAGGCACUUGCACCUACGUUCUCGAUACCGGCAUCGACUUCACUCAUCCUGAAUUCGAGGGCAGGGCCGAGCAGAUACACUCAUACUUUGAAGAUGAGCCAACCGACGGCGAGGGCCACGGUACGCAUGUCGCGGGCAUCAUCGGCAGCAAGACGUAUGGCGUGGCGAAGAAGACGCGCUUGUACGGAGUCAAGAUCCUGGGGGACUCGGGCUCGAGCCCAGGGUCGAUCUUCAUCGCGGGGGCCGACCUGGUGCUCAGGGACAUGAAGAAGCGCAGUUGCCCCAAAGGCGUCUUCGUCAACCUCAGCCUGAGCGGUCCGCCAUCGGUGGCAGCCAACGAGGCGGCUUCGAAACUGGUCAAGGCCGGCAUAUUCGUCGGGGUCGCAGCCGGCAACCAAGGAGGGGAGGCGAUGUUGCGAUCACCGGCGUCGGCAGAGUCGGUGUGUGUGGUAGGGGGCAGCACCGAGGACGAUUCCUGGUUCAAGGAGUCCAACUAUGGCGCGCGCAUCGACAUCCUGGCCCCGGCAGCGGGGAUUCGGUCGACGUUACCGGGAGGAGCCAUUGGCAUAGCGGACGGCACGUCCAUGGCGGCGCCUCACGUUGUCGGCGUGGCGGCGUAUCUCGGGGCGCUCAACGGCAUCAAUGGCAGCGCACCGCUGUGCAGCCUCAUGCGCGAGAUGGCACACCGAAACGCGAUCAAGGGUGUUCCCAGGGGCACGAAGAAUCUCCUUCUCUUCAACAAUGCUGCGUAGAGCACGCGUAUGGGCACGGGGAGGGGCGAGGCGAGGAUGCCGACUGUCGGGCCCAUUGCACUGUUGAUGGUUUCGAUGGUGGUAUCUGGAAGGCAAGGUCAAAGUGGUUGUCGUGUCAAAGUAGGAGAGGGGAUGAUGCAUAUACUGUACAUGCAUGAAAUUCUGGCUGGGGUAAGUACCUUGUUCGUGCCUGCCAAGUUACGUGUAUGCCGCUUCACACGUGAUGCUCUCGUGGACAAGUAGCUCGUAGUGGUGGUUUGUUUUCCGCCCUUGUGUUGUCCGGUCCUUGAUCGAAACCAGUGCCGCCAUGGAUGAUGAUGCAUCACGAUUCACGACGACUAGCAGACGGAAGAGGGUUGACAUGCAGCAGG